AUGGCUCCGAUCAGACCGCCAAUUUACUCGCAGGCUGUGCGCUUCGUUCUCGAUGUCGCCAACCGCCGCAGUCCGUUGUCCAAGCUUGUUCCUGUGGCUCUGCUGGCGCUGGACGCCGUCCUCUGCUGUCUGAUCAUAUGGAAGAUCCCGUACACCGAAAUCGAUUGGGUCGCAUACAUGGAGCAGGUCGGCCAGUUUGUCGCCGGCGAGCGCGACUACACUCAGAUGAAGGGCGGCACCGGCCCAUUGGUCUAUCCGGGCGCCCAUGUGUACACAUAUUCGGUGCUAUACUACCUCACCGACCAAGGCAGCAACAUCUUGCUGGCCCAGCAGAUAUUUGCGGGCUUGUACUUGUUCACACUGGCCGUCGUCAUGCGUUGCUACUGGCAGGCAGGAGCUCCCCCAUACGUCCUUCCGCUGCUUGUGCUAUCGAAGCGGCUCCACAGCAUCUACAUACUCCGCUGCUUUAAUGACGGCUUCGCCGCCCUCUUCCUCUGGCUCGCCAUUCUCCUGCUGCAGCAGAAGCGCUGGACGCUCGGCGCGCUCGCCUACUCCUGGGGCCUCGGCAUCAAGAUGAGCCUACUGCUCGGCCUGCCGGCCGUCGGUGUGGUGCUGUUCCUUGGCCGUGGUUUUGUCGGCGCUCUGCGCGCUGCCUGCCUCAUGGCCCAGCUGCAGAUCGCUCUCGCGGUGCCGUUUCUGGCCGCAAACCCGGCCGGCUAUCUUGGCCGUGCUUUUGAGCUGUCGCGCCAAUUCUUCUUCCGCUGGACCGUCAACUGGCGCUUCGUCGGCGAGGCCCGCUUCCUCAGUCGCCCCUUUGCCUUCGGUCUGCUCGCCCUGCAUGCCGCCCUGCUCGCCGUCUUUGCCACCACCCGCUGGCUGCGCCCGACUGGCCGCUCACCCGCAUCGCUCGUCCACACCGUGCUAGCCUCCCGCCGGCUGCCCUUUACCGACCGCGAAGAGCGCCUGCUCGCGCGCUCGGCUGCCUCGCCGCGCUACAUCGCCACCACCGUACUGACAGCCAAUGUCGUCGGCUUGCUAGCUGCCCGAUCGCUGCACUACCAGUUCUAUGCCUACCUCGCCUGGGCCACGCCGUACCUCCUGUGGCGCUCCGGCGCCCAUCCCCUCGUGCAGUACGGCCUCUGGGCCCUGCAGGAAUGGGCCUGGAACGUCUUCCCCAGCACGCCGCUCAGCUCAGCCGUCGUCGUCGGCAUCCUGGCUGUCACGGUCGCGCUAACCUGGUGGGGCGCCACUGAUGAGUACCGACAGGUGCUGCCGCUCGAAAAGGAUGAGGCCGUCAAGAGGAAAAAGUCUGCGGAGAUGUAA